UAAUAUCUUUGCGGAUAUAACCUGUCUGGCUCAGAACUCAAAGAUAGAGGAGCUCCAUUCAGCUAUGGAAACUCUAGCUCUCAACAAUACAAACACUGCUUUGUAUCUAUCAUCAAGACCACAAACCCAUCUCAUCAAUUCUCCAUUCUUUCCGUACAUUCAUAGAAAAUAUGGUCUCUGCAAUCGUAAAAACUUAAACUUUUGUACGCUUAAACUUUCUUGUAAGCUCACUAAAACCUCUCAAGAUUCUGUGAACACCAAGAAUUUGCCUAUAAAAAUUGUGGGUCCUGCUGAUAAGGCCCCAUUGUUAUCGGAGAAGGGCAGUGCAACGUCAGAGAGUAAUUCUCAGAGCAAGCCUGGCCGGAAAAAGGCCACCGGAAAAAUGUUGGUGAAGAGAUACUCGAAAAAGGUUCUGUCUGUUUUGUCUAAUCUGUCUUUGGCUAUUGGGGAAAUGUUUGCUAUUGCUGGCUUAAUGGCUAUAGGAACAUUCAUUGAUCAAGGUGAGGCUCCAGGUUAUUAUUUUCAAAAGUAUCCCGAGGAGAACCCUAUAUUUGGGUUUGUAUCGUGGCGAUGGAUUCUCCCCCUUGGCUUUGACCACAUGUUCACCUCUCCAAUUUUCCUCGGAACUUUGGCUCUACUUGGAGUAUCUCUUAUGGCAUGCACAUCUACAACCCAAAUCCCCAUCGUUAAGGUAGCAAGAAGGUGGUCUUUUGUGCAUUCGCCUGAUACAAUUAAAAAGCAGGAAUUUUCCGACACUCUGCCCAGUGCCUCACUUCAAGAUUUAGGUGUCAUAUUGAUGGGGGCUGGAUAUGAGGUAUUCCUAAAAGGGCCAUCUUUAUAUGCUUUUAAGGGUCUGGCUGGAAGGUUUGCUCCAAUUGGAGUACAUAUUGCAUUAUUAUUAAUAAUGGCCGGUGGAACCCUCAGCGCAGCAGGGAGCUUUAGAGGAUCUGUAACAGUUCCUCAGGGUUUAAACUUUGUGGUUGGAGAUGUUCUGGAACCAAUUGGAUUUCUAUCUACUCCUUCAGAAGCUUUUAGUACCGAGGUUCAUGUAAACAAGUUCUACAUGGAAUAUUAUGAUAGUGGAGAGGUCUCCCAGUAUUACACUGAUCUUUCACUAUAUAACCUUGAGGGUAAGGAGGUGCUGAGGAAAACAAUUAAAGUUAAUGAUCCUCUAAGGUAUGGCGGGAUCACUAUUUACCAGACAGAUUGGAGCAUUUCUGCACUACAAGUACUCAAAGAUGAUGAGGGCCCUUUCAACUUGGCUAUGGCACCUCUGCAAAUGAAUGGAGGUGACAAGAAGCUCUAUGGAACUAUUUUACCUGUUGGAAAUGUUGAUUCUCCGAACGUUAAGGGAAUAUCAAUGCUUGCUCGUGAUCUCCAAUCAGUUGUCCUUUAUGAUCAAGAAGGCAAAUUUGCAGGAAUUCGACGACCAAGCUCUAAGCUUCCAAUUGAGAUUGAUGGGUCAAAAAUUGUAGUAGUAGAUGCAAUAGGUAGCAGUGGCCUGAACUUGAAGACUGACCCAGGAGUACCGGUUGUCUAUGCUGGAUUCGGAUUUCUAAUGCUCACAACUUGCAUCAGUUUUUUAUCUCAUUCACAGGUAUGGGCAUUACAAGAUGGGACGUCGGUGGUUGUCGGGGGCAAGACUAAUCGAGCAAAGACCGAAUUUCCGGAUGCAAUUAAUCGCUUACUCGAUCAAGUGCCAGAGAUAGUUGCAUCUUCACAGCCUAAGUAACGAGAUACUAGUUAACCGGUGAGCCUCAGGAAGGGCAUACUGCACUUUCUAUUAGAGAAGAAUGAUAAAGAUAUAAGCAAAACACCAUUAUCGAAGAUUUGAUAAGCAAGAGCAACAGAAGAAACAAGAGACAAGUAAGCUUGCCUAUGAUCCGAAAGUGGGACCACAUAUCCUUGUUGAUUUUUAGUAUAGAGUAUCUAAUAGGUUAUAUGGUUUUUCCACGUGAGCUUUAUUAAGUUGUACUGUACAUAUUGUUGUAAAGAAUCACAGAUAACGAAUUCGGAAAUAAAUUAUACACAAAUAUUAUUAAAA